AUGGAUGACAGUGGAUCAGAGUCUGAACCAUUUCAAGAAAGUGAAUCAGAUUACGAACCUUCUGAGGGGUCUGAUAUCAGCGAAGUUGAAGGCCAUGAAGCUGUUCCCACACAGAAUAUUGACCCCAUUGAACAGAACAUUGUUUUAGACAUCAUAACACAACAAAAUGUAGCGACAGAUAUUUCUAAAAAAACUAGAAAGCGAAGUCUAAAUAAAAAUAAUUGGAAGACAAAUAUAAAAAAACGUAGAAGAAAUUGUGGUGAAGAAUAUAUUUCUUCUUCGGGAAGACUGGUACCUUCAAAAACCUUCCAAGACAAAGCAUGUAAUUGCAAACAAAAUUGCAGCAAUAAAAUUCAAGAAGAUCAGCGCAAGAUAAUGUUUGAAUCCUUUUGGAAACUAGAAACAAUAGGAACUGAAAAUAAUAGUGUAAACAGCGAAAUUCAAAGUGAAACAGAAGCUAAUCAAAAUGUUAGAGACAACAAAGAUUCUUGGAACAACAGGAGUGGGGAAAAAUCUUAUGGUAGAAACAAGCUUUAUCGUUAA